AUGGAGAACUAUGAGAGUCUCGGCACGAUCGGCGAAGGAACGUACGGUGUGGUGCUCAAGUGCAGGCACAAGGUCACGGGCCAGAUCGUUGCUAUCAAAAAGUUUAAGGAGUCGGACGACGAUGAGCAGGUCAAGAAGACCGCACUUCGAGAGAUCAAGAUCCUUAAGCAACUCAAACACGAAAACAUUGUGAGUCUACUCGAGGUUUUCCGGAUGAAAGGCAAGCUCUAUUUAGUGUUCGAGUUCGUGGAAAAGACCAUUCUCGAGGAAAUCGAGCGGCAUCCCGACGGUCUGGACCCGUUAACACUCAAGAAUCUCAUGUGGCAGCUUGUUCGUGCCAUAACGUUCUGCCAUCAACACAAUAUCAUCCACCGGGACAUCAAACCAGAGAACUUGCUGGUCUCUCGGAACGGCGUGCUCAAGCUCUGCGAUUUUGGCUUUGCAAGGCCCCUGGCAUCAGCUGGAGCCAAGUACACAGAGUACGUGUCUACAAGAUGGUAUCGAGCGCCUGAGCUGUUAGUUGGUGAUGUAUCUUACGGUAAAGCAGUCGAUGUGUGGUCCAUUGGCUGUAUGUUCGCUGAAAUCGCCACGGGUUUGCCGUUGUUCCCUGGAGACUCGGACAUUGAUCAGUUAUACCAUAUUAUCCGUUGUCUUGGCCACAUCACCUCAAGGCAACAAGAUCUCUUUCGAAGGAAUGCACUCUACGUUGGUGUUAAAUUACCACAAUCUAGUGAACUGGAGCCACUCGAAGCUCGGUUCCCAACUAUGGACAAAGUAUCGCUUGAUUUCAUCCGACAAACUAUCGUGGACGAGCCUCUGGAUCGCUGGACAUGUGCUGAACUACUCAAACACCCAUUCUUCGAGAACUCGCACGAAGCGUUUGAAGCUGAACUACAAGAGGCGAUUGCACGGGAUCUCAACGAUAAUGCAGUUAGGAAAAAGCGAGCACGAAAACCUUCUCGAGGGAAUGCUCUGGCUGGAGCCAUCCCAGUGAUGCCAGUUUCUUCAUCAACUUUUAAUGAUCCUUUGACGAAUGGCGUCGACACCUGUAAACCACUUGGGAAACUUCUCUUCGCACCUGUGCAGAAGAAAGAGAAGAGCGGUGUGGCAGCUAGUGACAAUAGCAAUAGUAACGCACACAUCGUGUCGCGAAAAACACCGCCGGGGAUUGGUUUUGUCCAUGGUGGAGCGUACCAUUUACCGACACUUCAAGGCGCGAUGAACAACUCGUCCAGCUCCAGCUCCACAUCAAGUACAGCUACAACUAUUAGUAUUAACAACAUCAACUCGGUCAAUUCCGGUGCAGACAGUGGCAAUACCAGUCCUCUCUUUUCUCAAAACAAGAAGCUCAUGGUGCCGUCAGGAGCGGUUCCUUCCAUCUCAGAGCAUCACGCAGCUACAAGCUACGGCCAAUCUGUACCAGCGGAGCACAUGACGUACAUCGGUUUACAUGAAAAUGUCCGCGUUUCCAUGACUUCGCAUGGGAGUCGAUUAGGAGGAACAGGCCCACUUGUUCAUCCAUACUCGACACCAACGCCCAAGCCACCAUCGUCGUAUAUGAAGAAUCCUUACGGAGUACACCAGUCCUCUUCAAAACGUGGAAAUGGGAAGAACGGUGGCUCGAGCUUACUCAAUUCCAUGGACACGUAUUCUCCCAAGAGAUCGGGGAAAAACUCUCAUAAUUCCUACGGACAUGGCACUGGAUGGAGUGGUUCUAAGAAAGGGAAUUCCACAGGCGUUGGAGCAUCGGGUACUAUGUCAAAGGGGACCUCACAACAAGGCCUGUACGCUCCCCCUAGAACAUCUCACAGUACAAUUCGUGCAGCAUUACCACAAGGAACUUUUGCACACGUACGGCGAGAGAAUGACGCGCGGAACUUCUAG